AUGAGAACUCCAAGUUAUGAUUUGCGGCCAAGUUUGAGAAAAGGUUCAUGGAGUGCAGAAGAAGAUCGGAAGCUGGUAAAUUAUAUAAGUACAUAUGGUAUCUCGAACUGGUGUAAGAUGUCAUCAUACGCUGGUCUCUCGAGGACUGGAAAAAGUUGCAGGUUAAGAUGGAUGAAUUAUUUGAAUCCGGAAAUAAAACGAGGGAAUUUCACUGAUGAAGAAGAAAAGAUAAUACUUCAUUACCAUUCGGUUCUUGGGAACAGAUGGGCUGCCAUUGCAAGAAAGAUACCAGGAAGAUCAGAUAAUGAAAUAAAAAACCAUUGGCAUACCCAUCUCAAGAAACGCAUAAAUUAUCCAUUGUCAAUUACAGAACCUGAAGAAAUCACAAAAUCAAGUGAUUUGGACGAUGAUGAAAGUUCUGUUGAAAGUUCAGUUGAGCCUGCUGAUUGCUUCUUCUCGAGUACUGUCUCAAAUGGCCAUACCUCUUCAUCAUGCAUAUUUGAUAUGAGUUCUAGAUCUUAUCAUGAACAACAAGAAGUCAAACUUGAAACUGGUUAUAAUUAUGAUAUCAGUUCACCUGGAACAAUUCAAGAUAUCAAAAGUUUCUGGGAACAACUUUAUUAUGCUAAUUAUGAUUGA